UUAGUGCUGAGAAUGCGAGCUGCCAGAGUUCCACAUUCAACCCUAGGACCAAAAUUUAAGAUGAUAAGGGUUUCGAAGAUUAUAAUAGGAAGUGGUUUCGCUGUUGUUCUAAUUUUGAUUACAAUAGUAUCAAUCAGAACUCUGUCACUGGACGUCAAUGCAGGACUUCAACUCGCACACUGGGAAAAAGCGAGUAAUAUCUCUCUUGACAUAGACCACCAUAAGCGAGAGGAACUUAUUGCUCAUUUUAAAGAGGCUAUUCGCAUCCCCACUGUUUCUUUCUCAAGCACAGAGAUUAACACUACUGCACUGCUUCGCUUCAACUUGCUUCUGCAAAGAGCCUUCCCAACGGUUUUCUCUUCAAGCUUGGUACACCAUGAAUUGGUGGCCAACUACAGCCACCUGUUUUGGGUCCCAGGAUCGCAGCCCAACCUGAUGCCCUACCUGAUGUUGGCUCAUAUCGAUGUGGUGCCUGCCUCAGAGUCGGAUGGCUGGGUGGCUCCACCUUUCUCUGCCCAGGAGAUAGAUGGCUUCAUCUAUGGUAGAGGGACUAUAGAUGACAAGGGUUCUCUGAUGGGAAUUCUUCAGGCCCUGGAAUACCUGCUGAUUAAAGGUUAUGCACCACGCAGAGGGUUUUACAUCGGCCUCGGCCAUGAUGAGGAGAUCAGUGGGUACAAAGGGGCCAUGAACAUUGUCCGACUGCUGCAGCAGCGUGAUGUACAACUGUCAUUUGUCCUGGAUGAGGGUUUAGCUGUACUAGAUGGAGUCAUCAGUGGUCUCAACGGACCUGCUGCUUUAAUCGGGGUGAGUGAAAAAGGCUCUGCCACUGUAAAGCUGAGUGUGUCCGCUCCUCCUGGUCACGCAUCAAUGCCUCCCAGGGAGAGCAGCAUCGGGAUUUUGGCUGCGGCAAUCAAAAGACUAGAGGAGAACCCUAUGCCCAGGUUGUUUGGUCAUGGACCUGAACGUGCGACUUUUGAACACUUGGCACACAAGUUUAGGUACCCAAUGAAGUUCAUACUGUCAAAUUUAUGGCUGUUUUCUCCACUUGUUGGCAGGUUUCUUGAACAAAAACCAGACUCUAAUGCACUUGUAAGAACAACUACAGCGAUCACAAUCUUUAAUGCUGGUGUUAAGACAAACGUUAUUCCUUCCCUUGCUGAAGCAUAUGUGAAUCUACGAAUCCACUCAGCGCAGUCAUUACAAGAGGUCCUGGAUCUCAUCCGGUAUACAGUUGGGGACCACCGUGUAAAUAUAGAGCUAAUUGAGGGCUUUGAUCCUUUACCUGUCAGUUCAUCUGAUGAGACGUCUUAUGGCUUCCAAAUAAUCAAAAAAACUGUGUUGGACAUGUUUCCGACAGUCGUAGUCGCUCCAGGUGUAUGCGUCGGGAACACAGACAGUCGACACUUCAAAGCUCUCACCACUGAUAUUUACCGCUUCAUCCCUUUGUGGUUUAAACCAGGCGAUGCAAAGAGAUUCCAUGGCAUUAAUGAAAGGAUAUCCACAAAGAACUACGAGGAGCUUAUUCUGUUCUACUCUAGAUUGAUCCAAAACUGUGAUAUUCAGAAACUUCCUGAGCCUCACACCUCUCUUCAUGAACUCUAAAAAUGUAGCAAGCAGAGUUAUGUCCUUUAACAAAGUCAUCACAUUUUAAUUUAGUCAAUAUUAUUUCAUUAAAACCACUGUGACUGAUGUUUCUCUGCAAAAUCUGAGUGCUAACUACUUAGGAAAUGCUGGAAUGUGAUAUUUAAACAUAGAUUUUAUGAUUGUGUUAUUUGAUACAAGUGCGUAAGUAAAGUUUUGCAACACCUUACUACAAAUAUAAGUGGGGAUUUGCAGUGUAAUAUUCACAGUAGCUUGAAUGGACACUUAAAAUACAUGUGUUAGUACAGUAGUCAUGUCUUACAAUAGUUAGCUAUAACAACAUUCACCACUAGGGGUCAUCCAAACACAAGUUUCUCUCAUUGCAGAUAAGUUGUUAUUGUAAUGGCAGGAGACUGACAAUCUUUAAAGAAGAAGAAGUCAGUUAUUGACACAUUUUAUUGUUUUUUUGGGGGGGUUACCCACAAUCACCUGAUAAAUCAAGAACUAUCAAUGAAAUGCAGUCCAAUGUGCUGAUAUAUUGUUGUGUUAUAUUCCAUAAUGACUCACAGAAGUAAUUCUACUUCUCGUAAGUCUUCAUGUGCCUCGAUGACGGACUUAUGCGCAUGUGUUCUUUCUUCUUCUACGGUUUGGAGUGUCACGUGGUUCUGUCUGUGUGCCUGUUCACAGCGCCACGCGUAGGUGUGCCUUAUGUAUUACAUCGUUUUCACUCAGUGAUGCGUUUCCGUCUAGAUGCAACUAUAUACUAAUGCGCCACAGUUUGGACGCAACUUUUUUUCGACAACAAAAAAAAUCCCAAGAACGUUCUCGUAUGGACAGGGCCUAAGUGUUUAUAUAGGUUUCUUCUCAUGUAAACAGCUACAUGCUAGUAUUUUAAUGUUACCAUGUUAGCAAUGCUGAGGUUAACAUGCUCAUCCAAGCAUGAUGGCGCGAAGUGUCUGCCAAUGUUAAAACUAAUGAAAAUGGCUAAAAAUGGCUAAAAAACUAUGCUAAUGUUAGCAUGUAAACAAUGCUAAUAUUAACAUGCUAAAGUUUAGCAUGAUAAACCUUAGGUGCUAGUAAACCUAGCACCUAGGAUUUCGUCUGGUUCUUCCUGGUUGGCGACUGCUCUGGCAUAUGACCUGGAGCCCCCAUCUGAAGCCCCCGCCACGAUCACAUCGCUCAUUCGUACGUUUUGGUCUAUGUCAUGAAUUGUGUUCCUUCAUUGCUCGAUUAUUUUUUCCUUUGCUUCAUUUUCUCCUUCGCUUCGGUAUGGUAGGUAUGAAUGUGAGUGUGAAUGGUGGUUUGUCUAUAUGUGCCCUGCAAUUGACUGGCGACCUGCUGGGAUAGGCUCCAGCAUACCCGCGACCCUAGUGAGGACAAGCAGCAGAGAAAAUGUAUGGAUGAUUACAACAAUUAACAAGAGCUCAAAUAAAAACUAUUUGAAUCAAUCAAAAAAGAAAAUUAUUUGUCCCACGUUGAGGUAACAAUUCCACUGUCGUAAAUUGCUGGUUUUAUAACACCAAAAUGCAUUUCUUCUUUAUAACAAUGAAGUAAGACCCUAUUUUUGUAAUCUUGAAACCAUUCGUCUUUGUAGCAAAUGAGUGAAUAAUGAAUCAUCAUAUUAUGAUGCUGGUGCAGUCAGUGAUCCAAAUGCAGGUACUGGAUUCAUAUAUUCAAUUCCUCAUGCAGCUUUUGGAUGACAGGAUAAUUGCUCUGACCGUAGUGCAUCCCUUUCAAGUCAUCCAGGUCGAUCGACAUGACAAAGGAUCCCCCAAAGCUGUUCUUUUGGAUAUACGCCCAUAGAGUAAAAUGAUACCUGUUGAAUGACUGACAAAUUCAUGUAAACAUAUUAGGCCCUGAAAAUGUUUGUGAAUGUUGUCACAAACAGUAUGACAGAAGUAGCUGAGUAAAUGGUACGCUGUAAUCGAUAGGUAGGUAGCAAUUUUAUAUUAAAUUAAAGGCUGUCAAAACCCAGAUUUGAAGUAGCGUGAAUAGAAAGUCUUUUUUUUUUUUUUUUUUGCCAAUGCAAUUUUAUAAUAGAAACUGGAGCUAAACUUGUCUCUUACAUCAUAAUAGGCCCAGAGACCUGAGGCCUCAUCUACUGUAUAAAACUCUUGUACGCACAAAACAGGGCCGAAAAGUUGCAUACGGCGUUUUCCACGCCAAGUAUUUUACCUAUAAAAAUACAACCUGGCGUAUGAAUGCGUGCACUGGUACGCACCCUUUUUAGCUGGCGUACACACUUUUUGGAGACAUGGCAAAAAGGUGACGUGCAUUUUAAUUGAAAUCAUAUG